AUGGAUAUAACGUUGAGAAUUGCUUCAGGGAAGAGCACCGUCUCAAAUCUUUUCAAGUCUCGCGGUAUUCCGGUCGUCGAUGCCGACAUCGUUGCUCGUAAUGCCUUGAACAAAGGCACUCGAGGGUGGAAAAAGGUAGUGGCUGCAUUUGGAGAAGACAUCUUGCAGGCCAAUGGCGAGGUGGAUCGUGCCAAGCUGGGUCAAAUUGUGUUUUCUGAUCCUGCAAAACGACACCUCCUUAAUAGGCUGUUAGCGCCUUAUAUUUCAUCUGGUAUCUUACAUGUUUGA